AUGUAUCUAUCUAUCUAUCUAUCUAUCUAUCUAUCUAUCUAUCUAUCUAUCUAUCUAUCUCAGUCUCUGCGUAUUUCUGUCUAUCUAUUUAUCUCAGUAUAUCGGAUAGACGCUAUCCAUCUCUAUCUAUCUAUCUAUCUAUCUAUCUAUCUAUCUAUCUAUCGCAGUCUCUUCAUAUCUAUCUCAGUCUCUUCAUAUCUAUCUAUCUAUCUAUCUAUCGCAGUCUCUUCAUAUCUAUCUCAGUCUCUUCAUAUCUAUCUAUCUAUCUAUCUAUCUAUCUAUCUAUCUUCUAUCUAUCUAUCUAUCUAUCUAUCUAUCUAUCUAUCUAUCGCAGUCUCUUCAUCGGUAUGUAUAUAUGUAUGUAUCUAUCUAUCUAUCUAUCUAUCUAUCUAUCUAUCUAUCUAUCUAUCUAUCGCAGUCUCUUCAUAUCUAUCUCAGUCUCUUCUUAUUUAUCUAUCUAUCUAUCUAUCUAUCUAUCUAUCUAUCUAUCUAUCUAUCUCAGUCUCUUCGUAUUUCUGUCUAUCUAUUUAUCUCAGUAUAUCGGAUAGACGCUAUCCAUCUCUAUUUAUCUAUCUAUCUAUCUAUCUAUCUAUCUAUCUCAGUCUCUUCGUAUUUCUGUCAUCUAUUUAUCUCAGUAUAUCGGAUAGACGCUAUCUAUCUAUCUAUCUAUCUAUCUAUCUAUCUAUCUAUCUAUCUAUCUAUCUAUCGCAGUCUCUUCAUAUCUGUAUGUUUGUAUGUAUCUAUCUAUCUAUUUAUCUAUCUAUGUCAGUCUCUUCAUAUCUAUCUCAGUCUCUUCAUAUCUAUCUAUCUAUAUCUAUCUAUCUAUCUAUCUAUCUAUCUAUCUAUCUAUCUCAGUCUCUUCGUAUUUCUGUCUAUCUAUUUAUCUCAGUAUAUCGGAUAGACGCUAUCUAUCUAUCUAUCUAUCUAUCUAUCGCAGUCUCUUCAUCUAUCUCAGUCUCUUCAUCUAUCUCAGUCUCUUCAUCUAUCUAUCUAUCUAUCUAUCUAUCUAUCUAUCUAUCUAUCUAUCGCAGUCUCUUCAUAUCUCUCUCAGUCUCUUCAUAUCUAUCUAUCUAUCUAUCUAUCUAUCUCAGUAUAUCGGAUAGACGCUAUCUAUCUAUCUAUCUAUCUAUGUUAUCUAUCUAUAUUGCAAUAUCAGACAUUUUUAGGGCCUUUCUUCUUCCAUGCUUUUCUCUCUCACCCGCUACAAAGUGA